GUCUUGCUUUCCCACUCUAUAAAUACCAACAACUCCAUUGUCCUCUACUCACAACCAAUUAGAGUUACAUUGUAACAUAGUCCUAAACACACAUAUAACACCUUACAGAUCCAUUAUCUUAGUAAUAGACUUGAAGGGUGUGGAAAAUGGGAGGUAAGGGGUCAUCUUCAUCUUUAUGCAAUGUAUUCAAAGCAUGUUUCUCAAGUGGAAACAAUGAUGAGUAUUGGGAAGGUAAUGGAGCUGGAAGAAGAAUGUUUGCAAGUGAUGAAGAUAGAGGUGGUUGGGUUGCUGAGCCUGGUGUUGAUAGGAAAGCUUCUGACUUCAUUGCAAGAUACUAUGCAACUCGUGUCACUGACUCUCAAAGCCAAUUUGCUUCAUGAGUUAAUCACUUUCCACCUCAUAUUCAUUUUUCUACCUCGUUGUUUCUCUCCUUCUGUUACUUUGAUCCACCUUCUUAGCUAUUGAACUUUUGUUGUAGUAGCUGUAUUAUUCUUUGGUUUAAUAUUAAUGUAUGCAAGAGAAUAGAAAUAUAAAAUAAAUUCAUGAAAAGUGAGGAAAAAGGUGAUAUUCCUUGACAAUAAAAUA